AAUAAUUCAGCGUCAGCGUUGCUGUGCACAGGUCUUGGGGUGUGUGUGUGUAGGAUCGCUGGCUCACACACCGUCCUGCAGUCUUUGCUUAAGACAGCUGCACCACUGAGAGUGAGAACAGCGAGAUCCGGCGGUGCUGCAGAGCACAUACACACACACGAAGACCUACUCACGCACUCAUCGUGCAGGGAGCACAGUGACUGCUCUUUCUCUGCCGUGGCUCUGUGUGGGUCAUUUUCUUAUACCAUUUCUCUCUCUCUCUCUCUCUCUCUCUUUCUCUCUCUCCCCAUAUCAAACACAUAUCACCUCCCUUCCUCUUCAUCCUUCUGAAUUCCUUCUCGUUCUUCCCCCCAUAAUCCACCACAUUUCAUCAAGGAAGCCCCCCAUCUCUCCUCAACCCCUGCAGAGACCGAGAGCCUGGGCUGAAGGGAAGAUGUCCGAGGCUGGACCCAGGAGGGUUUUGAGGUGGCCUGGCUGGACUCUGCCCAUGGCCACUUCUCUCUGCCUGCUGCUGCUGUGUGUGCUGUGCCUGGCCGAGGGGCGCCGGGCACCCAAAAUCCCCCGCUGCCCACCCACCUGCUCCUGCACCAAGGACAGCGCCUUCUGCGUGGACACCAAAGCCAUCCCCAAGAGCUUCCCACCUGGCAUCAUCUCACUGACGAUGGUGAACGCUGCCUUCACUGAGAUUCCUGAGGGGGCUUUCUCUCACCUCCACCUGCUGCAGUUUCUUCUGUUAAACUCCAACACAUUCUCUCUGAUUGCUGACGACGCCUUCGCUGGCCUAUCCCACUUGCAGUAUCUGUUCAUUGAGAACAAUGACAUCCAGGCACUGUCCAAGCACACAUUCAGAGGACUGAAGUCACUAACACAUCUAUCUUUAUCUAACAACAACCUGCAGGUUUUACCCAGAGAGCUCUUCAAACACCUGGACAUCCUCACUGACCUAGACCUGCGAGGCAACUCGUUUCGCUGUGACUGUAAGAUCAAGUGGCUGGUGGACUGGAUGGAGAAGACCAACACUUCUGUUCCAGCUAUAUACUGUGCCAGUCCAUUUGAGUUCCAGGGCCGACGCAUCCAUGACCUGAUGCCACGAGACUUCAACUGCAUUAGUGCAGACUUUGCAGUGUAUGAGACCUACCCAUUCCAGUCCCUAUCUGUGGAGUCCUAUGAGUUUAAUGAUGAUCUCUAUGUGGUGUUCGCUCAGCCAAAUACAGGAAUCUGCACCGUUUUCAUCUGGGAUCAUGUGAACAUGCUUUUCAAGAGCCAUUACAACAUAACAUCUCGCUCUGCGGUGUACUGCAAGCCUGUGGUUAUCAACAACACCCUCUACAUGGUUGUAGCCCAACUGUUUGGAGGAUCUCAUAUCUACAAGUGGGAAGAAGGCCCUUUGCGCUUCGUCAAAAUCCAGGACAUUGACACCACUCGUGUACGAAAGCCCAACUUCAUCGCCACCUUCCAGAUCGAGGGGGACUGGUACUUUGCAGUGGUGGACAGCUCCAAGGCUGGUUCCACCAGCAUCUACCGCUGGAACAGCAACGGCUUCUACUCCCACCAGUCCCUCCACCCAUGGCACCGUGACACCCACAUCGAGUUCCUGGAGGUUGACGGGAAGCCCCGCCUCAUUCUCUCCAGUGCCUCGCAGCCUCCGGUGGUGUACCAGUGGAACCGCAACCUGCGCCAGUUUGCCUACCACUCCCAGCUCACAGACACGGGUGACGUUCAGAUGGUAAAGCACUUCUGGGUGCGCAAGUCACUCUACCUGUGCCUCACACGCUUCAUAGGAGACUCCAAGAUCCUGCGAUGGGAGAGCCAACGUUUUGUGGAGAUCCAGACCCUGCCAUCCCGUGGGUCAAUGGCUGUUUACCCUUUCACCGUGGGAAUUAGGCAGUACCUGCUGCUGGGAAGCGAUUACUCCUUCUCCCGUGUCUACCUGUGGGAUGACCUCACCCAGAGGUUCCAACCCUUCCAAGAGCUUAACAUGUUAGCGCCACGCGGCUUUAGCUUGGUCUCCAUCGACAACAAGGACAUCCUACUUGCUGCCAGCUUCAAGGGGAAGACCAUGGCCUAUCAGCACCUAGUGGUGGACCUCAGUGCCAAGUAGACCGGUUUAUGGUAUUCCCAUCCUGGUGGGGCAAGUUCUAGGAAGAUCAGUGGGUUCACUGGCUUCUGUCAUGUUUUGUUGUAAUGUACAUGUAAUGACUUUGAAGUUGUAGUUUGGCAAAAUCUCAGAUUUUUACACAAUUUUCCCUUUCUUCCAAAUUCAGUCAGUCAACCAAGACUUGUUUGGUAUCUAAAGUCUGAUUUGUUGAUGUCGUGCUGGAGCUAUGAGGCUAAUGUAGUUAGCGAGUAAUGGAAGCUUGUAUCCAGCAGUUAUCAUUGUGCAAAGUGUGAGUAUAAAUUCUCACUGUCAGAGAGGCUUGCUAAUGUGGUUUCUGACACUGCAUUUUAUACUGCAUAAUAAAAAUCAACAUAAGUAUGUUGCAUAGCUAAAACAGGAGUGGCACCAGUCUUGAAGCCUGAAUUUUGUCUAUUCUUUUGUCCAUUUUUAUAGAUAACAGUAUAAAGUGUGCACCGAUCCUACCUUUUCUCUCCCUAUACAGAUUCUGAUAUCUGAAAACAGGAUAUUGGCCACAUAACAAUCCAGUACUAGCGCUCUGUUAUAUGCAUGUCUGUAGCAAAGUACAUAAACACAAAUAUACACUACUGGGCAAAAAAUGGGUGAAGCCCAAAAUAUUAAACAUAAACUAGCUUGGGAAUGUUUUUCUGCUGUUUGAAGCCAUCAAUGCUGAUUCUUUCUAUAAAAGGUUGUCAUGUUUACACACAAAACCUUAACAUUUGAAGAAAUCAAAGGAAAAAGUUGUUCCAUAUUACUUUACUUUAUCUAUUUGUUAAAUGAUUUGUUGCCAUUUUGCCAUUGUGGGCUUGGUCCAUUUUUUUGCAACAACUUGCACAUGCUUCCUCAUCACCAUAUCUUUUCAAAUUCAAAUCAUUAGACAGCUCAACAUGCUUGGAAGAGAACACUAAUUCCCAGUUCUAAGUGGGGGAGACAGAGAGCCAAACUUGAAAGAUCAUUCUUUUAGACUCCUGGCCAAAGAUGUGGCAUCACUGGGAAUUGACCAGUGGACCCCAACACUCUUCCUGGAGACCUGCAUCAUUGAAGACUUGAGCUCCAACUCCAUUGCAAGCCAUCUAAUCCCUCUGAUUAUUGCAAUUGCUGCCCACAAUAAUGAUAAAAGUGUUAUUUACUGUGCAGCUCUACUAAACAGCAUGUCAAACAGUGUCAGAAACUACAUAACAAGUCUAUUUGCAAUGACUUAACUAUCUGACAUGGUCUGAGGCAAAUGGUGAUUCUCAAAGACCACGUCUUAGCUGACCAACUCAAUUUUUGGUAAGAAAAAUUACGUAGAUUUGAUUUUAUGCCUAACUACUGCGUUAGGCCUACUUGCCUGAUUUCCUAUAACAUUUGUCAUUUAAACAUGAACAUUUCUCCAAGUAGUGUGCCAAGUUAUUCACCUGCCCUUCAGAAGUGGACACGCCUGGACAAAUCUGUUCUGGAUAUCAGCUCGUCAGGGGAUAAAAUUCAAGAUGCAAGAACAAUGUCCAUAUGUAUGAUCUGCCAUUCACCAUAAAGCAAACUGUCCAUACUUCUUUACUCAUCUACUGGAAACAAAAUCAGCUGGACUGUCCAGGAAAUAAAGUUACGGCUGUUUACAAUAGAUCAAGAUUAAGUAAACAAAUGUUCCUACCAGUCAGGAUUUAAACCGGUAUCAGUGCUCUGUACCACACAUAUGUUUUGCUACAUAUCAACUUGAUUUCACCGUUGCGUAGAUUAAAAUACAGCUUAAACUGUAUCUUUUCUACAAAUCUGAUAACAUCACCCAUGUAAACUGCAGUAUUAAUGACUAUAUUCAGAAUUAUGAGAUUUUAUACUCUGUACUAUAAGAGCUGAAAUGCAUGCAGAUAUAUCUGUGCACUUCUUGCCUUAGACUGUUAUAGAGACAAAGCUUUGCUUAUUGACUUUCUCAGUGCAGAUAGCUCAGUAAUAACUACACUGUUUUCCAUUUUAGUCUCCAGUUGUUGUGUUACACAAUGAAUUCCACCCCCACACAAUGAAGCCCACCCUUGUUUACAUCACCAUUAUUGUUAUACUGUAAAAUUCAGACUCACUGUUGCUGCAAAGUUGCAUCAUUCUGUGCUCUGAAAAUGCUUAAACGUAGCUUCUCUUUUGGCUGUGUUUGACUGAGCAUGUAGGUUUAUAAUGUGGAACCUUAUAUAACUAACUUAAAUUUCAUAAACGUUUAUCAUCAGAAGUGAAUUGACAGAUUGAAUUUUUACAGUGCUUUCUCACCACAUCAUAGUUCUGUUUUUGAUACAUAAACACAUCUUCAGUGAGUGUGA